ACUUCUCUCAGAGCAGCAGCUGCUCUCCGUCCCACAGCCCUGCAGCGCUCAUUAACCAGUAAUUAACCAGAUCCGAUCGCAGAUAUCGAUUAUUAAUCCUCCUGCUCGCUGAGCCGCUGUCAUGUCGUCUGUCGCACAUUUGAACCCACUGUGAUGCCAAACUUGUGGUCCGCGGCCGCAGCGUGAGACGAAAAUGUCUUAUAGGAAAUACUCGAAGGCUUUUUUUUGUCUCGUUUGUUUUAUUGCUUUUUACAAAACAGGUAUCUCUGUUUGGUGUGUUUAUAGAUACGUUUUGGUAAUAUAACUAUUUUCUAUCCAUACAGAGGACACAUACUUUAACCCUCCUGUUGUCCUCAUUUAUGGGCACCAAAAAAAUAUUGUUUCCUUGCCUGAAAAAAAAAUCCAAAAAUUUACAUGAAUUUUCAUUAGAAGGCUUAAACUACCUGCUUAUGAAAGGAAUGAAGCAGUCUACAAUGAUUAGGAGUUUUUUAGAGGAGUGAAUCUGCAAGAAAGUAAAAAAAAACAAUUAAAAAGCUGAAAUAAACAAGUUGGAACCUUUUCAUAAAUUAUAUAAAAAGCUUGCCUUUGCGAGUGUUUCAUUAUAUUAUAAGGAAACACUAGCAAAGGCAUCUACAAUGUCUUUUUGCUUUAAUGGUUUUCAAAUCCAGAGCUUUGUGGUGCGCACUUAAAUGGCCAGCCUGUAUAUUAUUAAUCUGAGUGUCUGGUAAAUAAUUGUUUUAGAAACCGUGUAUAGAUAGGUCCUUUUCAUAAUCAUUUACAGGAAAUUACACUGCCACAGUAGUGUCAGAACAGACAUAACACUCAUUUCCUCAAAUAGAUUCCAUACUUAAAAAAUUUUUAAAAAAAGAACAAUGACUACAUAUUGAAAAAUGCAACGUUAUUUUAUGCAUUGUAAAACUUUAUCGCAGCGGGUAUAAAAGACUUCCUGUAUCUCUCAGAUUUGCACAUCGGUGCAGUCAGUCUGACUGAAGAUGCUGCUGUUGAUCACCUUCAAGGUAUGGUGUAGGGUUGGUCAUUAUUGAACCAAGUUUGUUGUUCAGCCCCGACCACUGAGCAAUCCUUCCUAAUCAGCUUCUCCAGACUGUUACUGCCCCACUGUGCGGGUGCCUUCUCCCCAACAGCCAUGGCAAAAAAAAAAACAGAGCACUGACCACCACUGAAUGGUAGACACUGCACAGCAGGAGUUGGCAGAUGUUAAAUGACCUUAACCUCCUAGCUUUGUCCCUUCCUGUCCACCACCUCCAUAUGACUCUUUCAGUCCAGUUCACUGUGGUUGGUGACCAGCCCACCUCAGUGCCCCUGAUGGUGACCGGUGUUGGUUGGGUCCUAAAUCAGAGUAAACUACAUCAUAUUAGACAUACUUAUCUUGUAAAUUAUUCGUAAAAAAUGAAAGCCAUCAAGUUUUGUUCAUGUAUCAUACAACAUAAAAGUUAAUAUAAGCCAUGCCGCUUAUUUGCUUUACAUUGUUUUUCUGUGAUGUGUCUGUUGUGCAUGUGCACAUUGCUAUGUCAAUCCUGAAACAAUAUGGAACAGCUGUACGAUGAAGUUUUUCCAGCUUGGAGCAUUUUUUUGAUAUUGACCAGCACAAACAAGACUUUUUAAAAAGUUAUUCUUAAGCAGUUUUAUUAAUUUCAAUGUAAUUUACUCAAUGCAUAUCGGGACAUUUUGUUUAUCAAAAGCUCAAAAAUACCAGAAAAUGCAGAGAUCUGUUACAUAGGAUAACAUAGACUCACUACUUUGACUGUACAUUGAUUGAUCAAAUGAACUACAGUCCAAAAAUAUGCUGAGGUUCAUUGAUUAUUCUGAAUUUCCCUGUAGGUGCGAGUGUGAUUGCUUGUCCUGCUUUAAGUUACUGUAUUGUUUUAAGAUAUUGUCUUGUUUUUCAUUGUGAAGCACUUUGGUCACCCUUUGGGCUGUUGUAAAGGGCUAUAGAAAGAAACUUUGAUUGAUUCAUUACAUUUGCUGUCAUGCAUAGUCUCCCCCAGGGCUGAACAUUUAUUAGUAACAUUAUUCAAAUCACAAUCCAAAGCACAGGAGCUGUAAUUUCUUCCUAAAUGUAAACAGCUCCACCAAACGCCAUCAGAAGUGAAGCAUUGUGACGGUACAGAGAAACUCCCAGACUACAAAUCACGUUCUCCAGACGUUCGGGAACAUUAUUGUUCAGUACAGACUGCAGCAAAAAGCAUCCUAUUUCUUCAUUUUUGAAUGACAUGAAUUGUAGAAAUUUCCAUUCCCACUAAAAUUGCGACUCAUGUUGCAAUUUUAGCGUCUUUCAAAGUAAUGACUGAUUUUUCUUUGCAUAUUUGUGAGACACUCCACAAGCCAAUUCUGAGCCACAAAAAGCCUGUUAUGCGAGCAACAAUAGGCCACUUACAGUAUGUUACUGUGCUAUGUGUCUGUCCUUUGUCUGAAGGAGUUUUCAUUCUUAAAUAGAUGUCUGUCUGUGGCACCACAUCUUCCUUUGUCCAGUUUGAUGAGAAGUUCACACGCUCGGCAUUCCUUCUCUCUCCUGCAUACAUGAUCUCUUGUAUUCAGAGACGUGGAGGGAUGUGCGAUACACGUAACUGGUUUAUGCUUGUAUAAAUUCAGCCGGUUAUUGAGAAGGUUUUCACGGUUAAAGCUUCUUCUGCAUGUAUCAACUUGUGCUGCUGUUCUCCAUAAUAAAUGCCUCUUUGUAGGACAUCUGGAGUCUCCUGUGAGCGUUUCCAGCCCGAUCUAAGCCGAUCACAUUCUGCAUUUAUAUCAACAGCCUGCCUGUACUUUAAAUUGCAAAGACUCGGUUAGAGGCCACGAGUGCUAUUGAUUUUUGUUUUAUUGCCAACAGAGCUGCAAUAUUAUUACCGACACCUGUGUGACGAGGCACAAUGUCUGCUGUGCUGUGAUUUCAAGAGAGUCAUUUUUAAAUGAAAGAAAACAGCAGCUAUUCGUGACCUUGACCAGGAUUCAUCAUUUUUAUUUUAGUAAGUGACUAGUCAGCAGAAAGCAGAGGGACAGAGUGGAGCAGAUUGACGUUUGCAGGAAAAUAAGAGCAUAGUCAGCUAAUGCAAUCUUAAAUUAUGAAUGACAAACAAAUAAAGGACACAUGCACAACCCUGCACUGCACUCGCAUGGAAAACGCAAACCCUCGUUGGUCCGCAAGACACCUGUUCUGUUCUUUCUUCACAUUUGAGGCACGGGAAGAAGAAAAAGGCGAUAUUCAAGCGACAAAAUGAACUUACUGUUGCUGGAUGUUGAACCACUCCAGGUCUGAAUGGAGGUUACAUAGAAAGGUGAAAGCUGUAGUUCAGUCAUGCUGAGGAGUUCAAUCAAUCAGCAGCUAAUGAUGGACACCUGCACAUUGUUGCCGUCUUUAUCUGGGAUUGGCUGCAGAGUAUUUGCUUUCACCUUUAACCUGCACUCUGAAAGAGGAAAAGAAUGGUUCAGCUGACUGGCAAAAUGGCUGCUUGGAGUUUUGCAAGGUAUGUGAUGCUUAAAUGACCUUUUUUUUUUUUUUACUUAUGACUCGACUGAUUUUCAUUUUUGACCGUUCUGUUUUACUUUGCAGCCAGCUGCUCCUCGUUGCUCUGCUAAGCUGGACAGUCUGUUGCUUCCCUGCUAGAGGAGGCUCAGGCCAGAGUCUUCCUUACAGGGACGUGGAUCCUGGCUUCCCUCCUCCACCCACUAAUAUACACGAUCCUACUGUUUCAUACCUGGUGGAUCAACGUCAUCCUCCACCCAGCUUCCCUCCUCCGCCUACUGAUAUAAAUGAUCCCACUGUUUCAUACCUGGUAGAUCGACAAAACCCGCCUGGCUUCCCUCCUCCUUCCAGUAAUCUGAACGGUCCUGGUGUCUCGUACCUGGUGGAUGGUCCUGUAACCUCCUCAUCAGCCGACGUGGAGCCCGGACCCGGCAUCCUCCCUGUUCCUCCUGUACAUCAGGCAGGAGAGCUUGAACGCUUUGAAGGAAAUGUUGAGCAUGGUAACUCAGAAAGGGAAACUGAGGAGCUGGGUAUUCUGCCUCCCCCUCCACAUUUGGAACGCAUCUACCAGGGAGGUGAGCUGAGUAGCUACGCAUCCAGCUUUGAGCACGGAAAUUCGGAAAGCGAAUCGCAAAAUCAAGGUUUCAGGCCGGGGCCUCCUUUUGGUGGAGCUGAGCUGCAGAGUGGAUUCACAGUUGGUGGAGGCCUCGUGCAGUCUCUUCCACGGCCCUGGAGACCGUCUCCACCAGGUGACUUCUACCUCUUCCUGACUGGUCAGCUUCCUCCUGGCACACUGUCACACUUCCGAACAGAAUAUGAAGCUGGUAGAGAUCAUUGGAAUAGUGACCAUUAUGAAAAGCACAACAUCCAAAUAUCUGAAAACCCAGACACUCCUGGUGAUGGAGUCCAGCAGCAGAUCCGGUACUUUCCCACAGUUUAGCAGGACUCCUGCUAAAAUGAAACUUUAAUAAUAAAACCUACAUGAAAAAAAACUUGAGUUUGCAGUGGUUUGUUAGAGGUAGACUUCAUAACUUUUACUCAUAGGAGCAGCGCCUCUAUAUUUGUGGGAACAUUGUUUUGUGUGUGUGUGUGUUUUUGCCUUUCAACUAAGAACUUGGUACCAAAUGUUCAAUAGACUUCUUACCUGAAGGUGGUACAUGUUGGCAUGACAGUGACUCUGCUUGAUAACAACCAUGGAGUGAUAUUCUUUUCUUCAAGUCACUAAAUCUUACCAGUUAUGGUGGCAUAGACUUAAGUUCCAAUCUAGUCACUACUACUCUGCAAAAAAACUGCAAGGGUGACAUGACUGCCUGAUCCAGUAGUUGCUCUUUAGUGGGGCAGAUACAUUUCCAACAUGAGGCUCAUGAAGUCUUAUUAGUAAAGCUGAGUGCAGACACUGAUGAGGGGUAAAAUCCUGGAUUACUCAACAUACUGAUCAGGAUUUGAUUCAUUUCUGCUUCCCUGAAAAAGCUGCUCAUUAGGCUUCACUGUAGACUUGGUUGAUAUAUUAACUAAUAAACAAAUGCUGCAUUUCUGACGAUGCCAUAUGGGGGAAUGAACAACCUUGGUGGAGUACUGCACUCUGAGUGCUUUUCUAGUUUCAUUUUUUUUUACAUUUAUAUCAUCCUUCGACUUCUCUUCUUGCAUCUUCAUCCCUCUCACUUAAAAUGUGAGCAGAGGAGGCCGAGAACAGACGAGUUGAGGAAACCGACAAAGUGAGACCUUCUUGCUUUGAAGUCAUCAUUUAAAUAUGACAUGCAACACGGUUGCAUCUCCUGUCUAUAACUUUUUAUUUUUUUUUACUGCUGCUGUAUUUUAUUUUAUUUUUUUUUUAUGGCAGAUGAGCAGAGCAGUGCUGAUAGCAACUGAGAAAAUGCUAGAGGAAGGAUGUCUUUUAUAUGAAAAGACACCUGUUCGUCCUCACUCACAGCUCCUCCAGCAGCCUGCUACCUCCAGAUGCAUUUUAGUAAUUCAGAAAUCCUUCAAGAUGGUGAAGAUUGAUUUCUGGUUCAAAGGCUGGAGGACGAAGGAGGCUCUAAAUAGAGAAAUGAAAUGAGCCUCUGGAGUUUGUGUUAGUCUGUUUUUCUGAUAUAUAUAAAUGAAUGUUCUUUCACUUAAAGGUGAAGUGUCUUAUGUUUUCCCAGGGUUGUCUCUACUUAGCCUUAAUAGCAAGCAAGACUUCUUUGUCCCUGUUUUUAGUCAUAUCAUAUGCAAAAAGUAUUUUUAGAAGAUAAAAGCAGUAGCAUUAUUGAAGUGUUGUGGAUAUUCAACAUGUAGAAUAUAAAAUCUCUCAAUAAAGACUUAAAAAAUGAGAUAAUUAAUGGUGCCACCCUUGAAAAAGAUUAAGCGUCUGUUUUUAUUCAGCCUGGAGAAACCGCUGGUGUCCUUCCUGCUGCUUCGUUUGCAGACGCACGUUUGGGAAGGUUUUCUUUAGCAACCCUCGCUAAGUGCCUCAGUAUCUUGCAUUAAGCAUCAUCAUCUUCACUCACUAGAUUCUUUAGUAGUAGAAAUGAAAAAAAACUAUGAAAAUGUUCAACGGAGGGAGGCCAUCUGUGGAGAAAAGCAUCUCUAAGUAGUAUGAACUUGAAUGAAACACCCAUUAGUUUGUAUUUGUAUAUUUUCGUUUUGUUUUUUUUUACUACAUUUUAUCAUGCAGUUGAGGACAAAAACAAUGCUGAUAGUCUGGACAAGAAGUUCUGAUGAGCUGCUUAGUAUUGUUCCAGUGUUUUUGUGGAUUAUUCAUGUUGGAUUAAUGUCUUU